AUGAAAAUAAAAGAACCUGAAACUGAAAUUGCAGAGCCUUCAGAAUUGUCAGCAGAUGACGCUGGGGGCGCCCUUCGGCAGUCUACUCUGCAGGAGCGGCCCCUACAGGGGAGUGACAGCAGGCAGCAGCGGCGGCAGCAGGCAGCGGCGGCAGGCAGCAGCAGCAGCAGCGGCGGCAGCAGCAGGCAGGCGCAGUCGCAGCGAAGCGGCGGUGGCGCGCGGAAGCAGCAGCAGUCGGCAGGCCCUCGGGAAACGGCAGCGGCAGCAGCGGCAGCAGCAGCAGCAGCAGGCAGGAUCCAGCAGCAGUCGGAAGCAGGUCUCAGAAGAGAGGAAGUUCUUCUCACUGUGGGAUCAGUGAGAGAACUGAAUUCGAGUGGCAAGUCCUUAAAUCGUGCUGUUGCGGGCUCUCGAGUACGGUAUGGAGAACCUCUACGGCAGGUCUAG